AUGGUUGUCCUAGGCCCUGAGAGUUCGGACCAGGCAGGCAAGAUGCAGAAGGCUGCAUGCGUGGAAUCGCCCGACUGCGACCGCGAAAGUUGUUCUGCAAGCCAAGAGAACGGCCGACUUUGGGACGCACUCCAGAAGCGGCUUCCUUCUAAGGGCACUCGCAAAGCCGGUGGCUCGAAAUACGAGCUACUAUCGCCUGGAACUUAUGAAUACGGCUUUGAGAUGGUGCUGCCGCCCAAGCUACCGGAAUCUAUCUGCGUGCGCGGCAGCAAUGUUCAGUACAACGUUGAGGCAUGCCUCGAGCUUCCGGGGCGCUUCAGUCACCCCAUUACGCAAAACAUGCCGAUAGCGGCCGUUCAUUGCCCGGAAGACGAUUUCUUGGAGGAUGCCGAACCGGUCUACAUUUCGCGUAAUUGGCGACACCUACUUCAUUGCGAGGUUACCUUGUCAAGGAGAGGCGCUGCGCUUGGCGAUCAAUUGCCCGUUGUCGUAUCCCUCGAGCAGCUGGGCAAUGCGAAACUACAAGGAUUAAAGAUCUACCUUUCGGAGAACACGCAGUAUCUGCAGCGAAACGGGUUGGAAUCCUGUCUGGGCCCUUUCAAGAGGGUUCUCCUUCACGAAGCGGCGGGCGACUCUCUGUCCUUGACAUCGUCAUCUCAGCCCGACGCUCAGGGUGAGUCUACGGAAUCAAGCAGCGAGAGCACACCCGAGGAUGAUCUGGGAUCGGAUGCGACCGAGAAACCCGGAGUCGCCGAGGAGGCAAAGUUGGAGAUCAAUUUGUCGUUGCCCAAGGCCAUCGCUUUGACGAAGCCCGAAUCCGAUGGGAAGCUCAACAUGCACUUUGACACCAAAUACCAAAAUGUCCAAGUUAGCCACUGGCUUGAGUUCGAAUUCACCUGGUCUCGACACGGUUCGUCCGGACCGACUGACGUCGUGAAGAUGGCUCGAGCUCCGUUCGUCCUUCGAUCGUGUUACGCUCAGCCGGCCAAUGCCUCGCUCCCCGCCUACGAUUCCGAAUCUGAGGGCACCCCAAGUUACGUGGACGCCGUGUAA